UUUAUGUUGAGGAACAGUUGCAGACCUCAAUAGUUCAAAAAAUAUUACAAUUUACAGGAUAUUUUAUUUCCUUUGAUGCGCAAUUUUCAUAAUUUAAAUGAGCCAUUAAAUGAAGACAUAAAAACAAUAAAAAGUCUUUUGGAAAAAAAAAAUAUGCAGAAAAUCUAAAAACAUAAAACAACAUUGACAACAAUAACAACAGUUAAGGCAACAAAAACAAAAAAUAACAGAGAAGCAAUAAAAACCAGCCAACACCUUGUUGGUGAAAAACAAACUAACACUCAAACAAAAGAAAAAAACAAGAAAACAACAACAACAGAGCAUAAUAAAAAUGUAUGAAAGUUUUGUUAUUGUUUAGUGUAUAAAUUCUAUGUGUGUGUGUGUAGAAAUGUAUGAAUACAAACAUAACACAAGUGUGUGAUUAUAACAAAAAAAAAACCCAACAGAGAAAAACAUUUAAAUUUAUCAUAUAGUCUACCUUAAGGCGUACAUAACAGGAAAACGGAAAUCAACAAACAAACAAACAGCACAUACAUGUAUUCAUAAUAACUAUUGAGCAAUUUUGUUGUUUUUUUUAAUGCGAAAAAUUAUAAAAGAAAUCUACAAAACCAAAAAUAAAUAGUUAAAGUUCAAGAAAAAAAAACUGUUCAAAAAUUUAAAUUUUAAAACUAAAUAAUUUAAAUUCAACUAAAAACCAUUAUUAUAAAAACAGUCGCAGUCGUGGAUACCCACGGUGAUUUUCUAGAGCCAGCGUCAGUGCCAAAGUGUGCCAAUACAACACCGCCUUAUCAGCGGCUUACCAAAGCUCUACAAUGCGAUCCAAGAUGCGGACACGAGGUAACCGUUGGCCGACGCAUAGGACUCUACAGAUUUUGCGGCGAUAUAGGACGUGGGAAUUUCUCCAAAGUCAAAUUAGCUGUACACCAGCUAACCAGAGACAAAGUGGCCAUCAAAGUAGUUGACCGUGCUGGUUUAGAUGCUAAAGCAUUGCGUAUGCUUUCAAGUGAAAUUGCUACACUUGAAUGUGUUCAUCAUCCUAAUAUUUUAAGGCUUUUCGAAGUAGUCGAAACAUUGGGUCGUGUUUAUCUAGUCACCGAAUGGAUACGUGGUGGUGAGUUAUAUAAUCAUAUCACCCAAGGUGGUCCAUUACGUGAAAUACAUGCCGCUCCACUAUUCAAACAAUUGUUAUUGGCUGUGAAACACAUGCACAGUUUGGGUUACGUUCAUCGUGACAUUAAGGCUGAGAAUGUAUUACUGUUGUCUGAGGAUCGUUUGAAGCUGGCUGACUUUGGUUUUAGCACACAAUUAAUUAAUGGUGCCAAUCAAAAACUGGACACAUUUUGUGGUUCACCGCCCUACGCAGCACCGGAACUAUUUUCCGAUGAUCAUUAUAUUGGCGCUCCCGUAGAUGUAUGGGCUUUAGGUAUACUGCUUUACUUUAUGGUAGUUGGCAAUAUGCCAUUUCGUGCACCAACAAUACCCGGCUUAAAGGCGGCCAUCUUAAAGGGAGACUAUUUAUUGCCGGGACAACUAAGUCUGCCAUGUAUAAGACUAAUACAACGCAUAUUAAUCCAUAUCCCAGCCCGCAGACCCACCAUUGAUGAUAUGCUCAAUAGCCAAUUUGUAACCCAUCCAAAAUUAAGCAACGACUUAAUGCAACACGAAAUUAAUUUACGCUCCAAACCGGUUAAACGUUCAGGGUUUUGGGUACGCUCCAAAUCGCGACGCAUGCGUAAACAGUACUCUUUAAGGGAACGUUAUAUGGAAUUAACCAAUAAACCACCCAUUAAUAUGAAUACCAAACGCACAGAUGGUUUUUUUGUUGACAAUUUCCUACAGCCCAUAGAAUUGGCGGCGAACGAUAUACCCUUGGAAGUCAUCAAAGAACAAUCGAAAAAUAAUACUCCCAAAAGAUCGUUUUUGUGUGGUACCCUCAAGAAAAAGGUGGGACCCAUGGAGGCAACUGAAAAAGAAAAACAACUAACAAAUGGUUCUUUGAGUAAUCACAAGUCACAAUGGAAUGCGGUAUUGGCGACCGAUUGUCCUCUCUUUAAGAACUAUGAUGCCGAAAAUGGUCAUUUUAUAAUGUUUCCCACGCCUACAGACGACCUAGGUCAAGUGCAACCGUUGGAGGCAGAGGCCCGUCAAAUUCUCGAAGAAUUGGGCAUAACAAGUGAAAUGCUACAGCAGGCCUCACAAAAUGCUCCACGUAGUGAUAUUAUCGGAGCUUAUCGUAUUGUUAUAAAUCGUUUGCAAAAACAAUCUUGGCUGGCGCGCAAACAUGUAGAGAUGGCUUUGCAGGAAAUGCCGGGUAAGACGGAGAAGAAAAUUGAGAGAUCAUGUUGUAUACUAUAGAUUGAAGGAAAAGUGUUGGAAUUUUGAGUAGGCGUCUGAACACAAUUUUAAUGUUUUAGACUAUACUUAGACUAGAAUAAAGACCAGAUUAGAGACUAGAUUAAAGACUAGACUAAAUACUAGAUUAAAUACUAGACUAAAGACUAGACCUAGACUAGACUA